AUGCCCGUGCGCCCGCGGUGGAGCCACAUAGGGCGUAGCUGUGCUGGCGACAGAUGGAAGAUGUUUAGCAGUACCCCGGAACCCCGGUACCGGCCGUACCGUACGGCCCGGUUUAUCAUAACAAACUCUGGAAGUGGUCAUAUUGUUCCUGGGGCUAGGUAUAAAGAGUAUCGUCUUCAGGAUUACAGCUCCUGGUUUGUCAAACAGCUCGAUGACACAGAGAAAUGGGCUCGCCUGAAAAGCUGCCUAGUGAAGACAGAUGACUGCAACAACUUGUCGAAAAGAUACAAGACUGCAAGAGAAUACAAGCUUGCAGACCUUACUCCCAUGGAGUCGGGUUGCUGCCGCCCACCAGCAGAGUGCGGGUACCCAGCUCUAAAUGCAUCCUAUUUCGAUCUGAGCUAUCAUCCGGUGAGCACAAACGUCGACUGCAAACUGUACAAGAACGCCCGUUCUGUCAGGUGCUACGACUGCAAUUCUUGCAAAGCUGGGGUCGCGCAGUACAUGAAGACAGAGUGGCGAGUGGUGGCUAUCUUCAACGUGAUAUUGUUCAUCAUCCUGAGUGAAACUCCGGUGUCUGACACUUAUUACAAUAAUCAUGAAAAGUACGGUUCCUGUGGCAGUAUGAAGCAAGCUCAACGGACCUCAAAAUUGAGCGUUCCCUGGUGA